AUGUAACCAAUACCUUUAUAGAGUGGAAAUUCCUAAACCAACUUAGAUACGCAGGGGCCACUUUACUCUUACAGAGCUUGCCCGUUUAACCGUCUCGUACCAGAUUCGAACGUAAAAGCUAAUAAAAUUAAAAGAGAUCUUUUAGAUAUUCUAACGUCCAUUUCAUGUUUUUUCUGAAAAGAAAAAAAAGAAAAAAAAAGAAAAAAAAAACUCAACCAAAGUCUAUCCCAUGGGGGGAAAAAAUUGCAAGCCACCAGCUUUGAAGCCGGGGAGCAUUUCGUCGACGAAGAAGCAGAGUCCAACCGUCAAAAAGAAUGGAAUCUCAAGACCGAAUCAGGAGAAGAAGUGGAGUGGGGAAGAAAAAACCGUCAAAAAGAAUGGAAUCUCAAGACCGAAUCAGGAGAAGAAGUGGAGUGGGGGAAAAAAAACGAAAGAAAAAUUCGAAUCCGUAGACAGAGAAGAAGAUCGAUAGAGAGAGAAGAAAGAAAGAGUCAAGAAAUGGCGUGGAAAAAAGUGAGCAAAACCCGGAGCCAUGGCCGAAAGCGGCUUUGGACGACCACAAGGAUAGAGAUGAAGCAACGAAAGGAAGUCUUCGCGGAAGGGACGUCUCCUUUACCUCUCUUCUCGUUGGUGCCCGUCGAGGAACAGUGGCUGGAAGUGGAGCCCACCUGUACUCUUCUAUCCCCUCCCUUCCGCGUUGAUAAAGUUUGGGCCCUUCUAAGGCUUAAAGGAGAUAGGAAGAGAAGCCAUGGCCGAGCACAAGUUGACUCGCAUCCAUAGUUUCCGGGAUCAUCUUAGUGAUUCUCUCUCUGCCCAUCCAAGCGAAUUGUUUGCCCUCUUUUCAAGGUUUGUUAACCAGGAAAGGGGAAUGCUGCAACCUCAUCAGUUGCUUGCCGAGUUUGAAGCUGUAUUCUCCGAGGGAGAGAGGCAAGCACUGAAAGAUGGAGUCUUUGAAAGUGUUUUGAGAGCUGCGCAGGAAGCGAUUGUCAUACGACCCUGGGUUGCUCUUGCUAUUCGUCCAAGGCCCGGUGUCUGGGAGUAUCUGCAAGUUAAUGUGAGUGAACUGGCUGUGGAGGAGUUGACUGUAUCUGAAUACUUGCAGUUUAAGGAGCAACUUGUGAAUGGAGGAGGUAACCAGGAUAACUUUGUGUUGGAGUUGGACUUUGAACCAUUCAAUGCUUCCUUUCCUCGGCCUUCACUGUCGAAAUCUAUUGGUAAUGGAGUGCAAUUCCUUAAUCGUCACCUCUCUUCAAAAAUGUUUCAUGACAAAGAAAGCAUGUACCCACUGCUUAAUUUUCUCCAGGCACACAAUUAUAAGGGAAUGAAGAUGAUGUUAAAUGAUAGAGUACAAAGCCUUAGUGCUCUCCAAGCUGCACUGAGGAAGGCAGAGGAAUAUCUAUUGAAUAUCCCAGCAGACACUCCUUAUUCAGAGUUCAAUCACCGAUUUCAAGAGCUUGGUUUGGAAAAGGGUUGGGGUGACACUGCACAGCAUGUAAGCGAGACAAUUCAUCUACUCCAUGAUCUUCUUGAGGCACCGGAUCCUUGUACCCUAGAGAAAUUUCUUGGGACAAUUCCUAUGGUGUUUAAUGUUGUCAUUUUAUCUCCACAUGGUUACUUUGCCCAAGCUAAUGUUUUGGGAUACCCCGACACCGGGGGCCAGAUUGUCUAUAUUUUGGAUCAAGUUCGUGCACUAGAGAGCGAGAUGCUUCUUAGAAUAAAGCAGCAAGGCAUCAAUAUCACUCCUCGAAUUCUUAUUGUGACUAGAUUACUACCUGAUGCAGUAGGCACCACUUGCGGUCAGCGGCUUGAGAAAGUCCUCGGCACAGAGCACACACACAUUCUGCGGGUUCCAUUUAGAACAGAAAAGGGAAUCCUUCGUAAAUGGAUCUCGCGUUUUGAUGUAUGGCCUUACCUGGAAACUUAUGCUGAGGAUGUUGCAAAUGAACUGGCUGGAGAACUCCACGCAACUCCAGAUCUCAUUAUUGGAAACUAUAGUGAUGGAAACCUAGUAGCAUCUUUGCUGGCACAUAAACUAGGAGUUACUCAGUGUACUAUUGCCCAUGCCUUGGAGAAGACAAAGUAUCCAAAUUCAGAUAUAUACUGGAAAAAAUUUGAGAACCAGUACCAUUUUUCUUGCCAGUUUACUGCUGAUUUAAUUGCCAUGAAUCAUGCUGAUUUCAUUAUCACCAGUACUUACCAAGAGAUUGCUGGAAGCAAGGACACUGUGGGGCAGUAUGAGUCUCACAUUGCAUUUACCCUCCCUGGGCUCUACCGAGUGGUUCAUGGAAUUGAUGCGUUUGAUCCAAAGUUCAACAUUGUCUCACCUGGAGCUGAUGCGUUGAUUUACUUCCCUUACAUGGAGGAGGUUAAGAGAUUGACUUCUCUCCACCCUGAAAUUGAGGAGCUCCUUUUCAGUUCUGUAGAGAACUCUGAACACAAGUUUGUGUUGAAUGAUCGGAAAAAGCCUAUAGUCUUCUCGAUGGCAAGAUUGGACCGUGUGAAGAACAUAACAGGUCUAGUUGAGCUAUAUGGAAGGAAUGCCCGUCUGAGGGAACUGGUCAACCUUGUUGUUGUGGCUGGUGACCAUGGGAAGGAAUCCAAGGAUCUUGAGGAACAAGAAGAGCUAAAGAAGAUGCACAGGCUCAUCGAGGAGUACAAAUUGAAUGGCCAGAUCCGAUGGAUCUCUGCCCAGAUGAACAGGGUUCGCAACGGGGAGCUGUAUCGCUACAUUGCUGAUACCAAAGGAGCCUUUAUACAGCCUGCCUUUUAUGAACCAUUUGGGCUGACAGUCAUUGAAGCCAUGACAUGUGGCCUGCCGACAUUUGCAACAUGCAAUGGAGGGCCGGCAGAGAUCAUAGUUCAUGGUGUUUCUGGCUUCCACAUUGAUCCUUACCAGGGAGACAAAGCUGCAGAGCUUUUGGUCAGUUUCUUUGAGAAAUGUAGGGAAGACCCCACCCACUGGAACAAAAUUUCACAAGGAGGGCUGAAGCGAAUUGAAGAGAAGUACACUUGGAAGCUAUAUUCUGAAAGGUUGAUGACAUUGGCUGGUGUAUAUGGGUUUUGGAAGUAUGUCUCAAAGCUCGAAAGGCGAGAGACCCGUCGUUACCUUGAGAUGUUUUAUGCCCUCAAAUAUCGUCACUUGGCACAUUCUGUUCCAUUGGCUGUUGAUGGAGAGACCAUUACCAAUGGACCGAAAUAGUGAGAAGGGGAGGUAGACUCUGGCAUUAGUCAUUUGGGAUUCAUUCCUUUUAGUCCUUUCUUCUGGAUAAGCACCAUUUUUCUUUUUGGAUUAGCAUCAUUGUUGCAAGGGCUUGUUUUGCAUGUAACAAGUAUGAACAACUCUGUGAUAAUUCUCAAAUAGAAGGCUUAUUGUCAAAGUUGAUACAAAAAACUUUAUAUG